AUGUCGCUCACACCCUCUAGCCAAGACUCCUGGGGGGACACCUCCAGCGACUCAACAGCUUCAACACCAGUGAGCUUGUCAUACACAUCUCAAGUACAUUCCUUAUGGCCACUAGGCAACCUCAACGUUUUUCCACUUGAUACCAUCUGGAACAUCUUCGACGAGCUCCUCAUGGGAAGCAGAACCGGACGACUAACCCACGAGCACCUCCACGCUUUCUACAGCUUCUCCCGCGUCAACGAACCAGCCGCCGAGAUGGUGAAAAACUAUAUUGGGCGCCAAAUACCAUCAGCAUAUCUCAUGGACCAAAUCUCUGCCCGAUGGUAUCCCUACUCAACUGCCGACAUUCCACUAACCUACGAUGAGAUUGAGCAAAUUGCUCCACUCGAUAACCCGCUAAAUGGAUACGACAUCGUCACUGAUACCAUUCGAGACGAUUGCGUGGAUUGUUUUAACAGGCUUUCCAAGAGUACCACGGUUCCUAAACGUCAUGCUCUCGGUUGCAAUGAAGGUGGCUGGAGCUAUGUAGCCAUCGCCGCCUGCUCGAAUUCCUUUUGCUUGCUCGAGGAGUUUUGUACGAACAGCCCAUACGGGCGUCCUAUUGAUAACCUUGCACGCCCAGCUAACCACAACUGUGUGGAAGUAAGCCCUCUGGAUAUCAUGGCUCAUCGGCAAGACCUGCAGUUCUUUGAACGUCUGAUUGACUUGAUAGUAUCUCCCCUUGACGACCUUCGAUGCCUCGACUUGAUCAGUAGAGGAUUGAGUCCCAAGGGUAGACUUGAUCUCUGCAAAUUCGCCACGCCCCAUCUGGCAGCAAGGCUUCACUCGGUAGGUGUCAGUCUCUGCGAUACUAUCAGUGCAGAGGCGACUGCAUGGCAUGUCGGUGUUAGCAACGGUCCGGCGUUCCUAGACUACCUGUUCCACAACUCACAGCAACCGAAUGUGGCACUCAACGGGUCAUCCAGGUGUAGAAAUACCCCUCUUUUCGCUGCUGUGAAUGCUGACAGGCUAGAUUCCGUUCGAUGGCUCCUGGAGCAUGACGCUGAUGUCCAUCUCUCGCACACCGGCGAUCCCCGCUGCACCCCGGUUCACCUCGCUAUGACCAAGGGCUCCGAGGUAAGCGAAGCCAUCCUUGAAAAGCUUCUCUCAGCUACGACCCUCGGCAGUAUUUCGAUAACAGCUUCUGGUAUGCUGCUCUACUCCCUGAUCGAGGGUCUUAUAGUCACCUGCCACAACGAGGCGGUGCGAAACGACAUCGACGAGUACGAGUACAAGUUCUUGACAAAUUCUCACCAACAGCGCGCUAUUCGCAAGUGUGCGCUUAUCCGGAGAGUUACUGAGGGUGUUCGUUUUAUUUACCCCAGUCUGGAGCCACACUGGCUGUUACCUGAUGAGCCUGAUCUGCGAUGGCACGACGAAGCCAAGGGCCUGGCUAUUAUGGCUGGUUUUGAGAAUAUCGUCGAUAUCAUGGAGGACUGUUCAAAUUUCAUUUUCAAAGGUUGUACUUCGUCACCUUCUGUAUUUCGGAGCCUUUUUCUCUACCGAGACUGGAGUUGA